AUGAGAAGCCAGGGGAAUGCAGGGGGCAGCCCGAGGCAGGGCCCAGCCUGGGUGGGCAGAGGCAGCCGGAAGGUCCUGCGAGUCUGGCUGAGCAAGAUGUCGGUGAAAGAGGGUGCCCAGCGCAAGUGGGCGGCACUGAAGGAGAAGCUGGGGCCGCAGGACUCGGACCCCACGGAGGCCAACCUGGAGAGCGCCGAGCCCGAGCUCUGCAUCCGGCUGCUGCAGGUGCCCUCCGUGGUCAACUACUCGGGGCUGCGCAAGCGGCUGGAGGGCAGCGACGGCGGCUGGAUGGUGCAGUUCCUGGAGCAGAGUGGCCUGGACCUGCUGCUGGAGGCCCUGGCGCGCCUGUCGGGCCGCGGCGUGGCCCGCAUCGCCGACGCGCUGCUGCAGCUCACGUGCGUCAGCUGCGUGCGCGCCGUCAUGAACUCCCGGGAGGGCAUCCAGUACAUCCUCAGCAACCAGGCCUAUGUGCGCCAGCUCUCUCUGGCGCUGGACACGUCCAACAUGAUGGUCAAGAAGCAGGUGUUUGAGCUGCUGGCUGCCCUGUGCAUCUACUCGCCUGAGGGCCACGCCCUGACCCUGGACGCCCUGGACCACUACAAGACGGUGUGCGGCCAGCAGUACCGCUUCAGUGUCAUCAUGAGCGAGCUCUCAGACAGCGACAACGUGCCCUAUGUGGCCACCCUGCUCAGCGUGGUCAACGCCGUCAUCCUCGGCCCUGAGGACGUCCGCGCCCGCGCCCAGCUACGCAGCGAGUUCAUCGGACUGCAGCUGCUGGACGCCCUGGCGCGGCUCCGAGACCUGGAGGACGGGGACCUGCUGAUCCAGCUCGAGGCCUUCAGGGAGGCCAAGGCUGAGGACGAGGAGGAGCUGCUGCGGGUCUUCGGGGGCAUCGACAUCAACAGCCACCAGGAGGUCUUCUCUGCGCUCUUCCACAAGGUGAGCUGCUCCCCGGCGUCCGUCCACCUGCUGUCCGUGCUGCAGGGCCUCCUGCACCUGGAGCCCAGCCUCCGCUCCAGCCAGCUGCUCUGGGAGGCCCUGGAGAGCCUGGUGAACCGGGCGGUGCUCCUGGCCUCUGACGACCAGGAGUGCACCCUGGAGGAGAUGGUUGAACGCCUCCUGUCCAUCAAGGGGCGGCCCCGCCCCUGCUCCCUGGACAAAGCCCACAAGAGUACCCAGGCCGACCUUGGCCAGAGCCAAAGGGGCAGCUCCCCGCAAAACUCUAGCGCCCCGACGGCAGGCCUGGGGGGCCAGCAGCCAGCCGCGGCCCUGGCCAGCCCGCUCGUCACCAGCGUCCAGGGCGAGCGUGGUCCGGCACUGCAGCCAACAGCCCCGGAGCAGCUGGAGCGCCCCCCGCCCCCGCCGGCGCCCCCGCUCCCUGGCUCCACGACGGCACCCCCUCCCCCGCCCCCUCCUCCACCGCUGCCCCCACCCCCGCCAGGCAUGGGGGCUGCAUUCCCCUCACCUCCGCCGCCCCCGCCACCCCCACUGCCUAACUCUGCUGGGGCCAUACCGCCCCCACCGCCCCUCCCGGGCCUGGGGGGCCCGCCCCCACCGCCCCCACUGCCUAACUCUGCUGGGACCAUACCGCCCCCACCGCCCCUCCCGGGCCUGGGGGGCCUGCCCCCACCGCCCCCACUGCCCCCACCCUUGCCCGGCAUCUCCGGGCCCCCUGCCACGGGCGGCGUGGAGGAAAUAAUCGUGGCCCAGGUGGACAGCAGCCUGGGUUCGGCCUGGGUCCCCCGCCACCGGCGCGUGAACCCUCCCACCGUGCGCAUGAAGAAGCUCAACUGGCAGAAGCUGCCGUCCAGUGUGGCCCGCGAAGGCAGCUCCAUGUGGGCAACGCUGAGCAGCCCCGACGCCGAGGUGGUGGAGCCCGACUUCUCCAGCAUCGAGCGGCUCUUCUCCUUCCCCAUGGCCAAACCCAAGGAGCAGACGGUGGCCCCGGCCAGAAAGGAGCCCAAGGAGAUCACUUUUCUGGACUCCAAGAAAAGCCUGAACCUCAACAUCUUCCUGAAGCAGUUUAAAUGCUCCAACGAGGAGGUCACCGCCAUGAUCCAGGCGGGGGACAGCACCAAGUUCGACGUGGAGGUCCUCAAGCAGCUGCUCAAGCUCCUUCCGGAGAAGCAUGAGAUUGAGAACCUGCGCUCCUUCGCGGAGGACCGGGCCAGGCUUGCCAGCGCUGACCAGUUCUACCUCCUUCUGCUGGGCAUCCCCUGCUACCAGCUUCGGAUCGAGUGCAUGCUGCUCUGCGAGGGCACGGCCGUCGUGCUGGACAUGGUGCGGCCCAAGGCCCAGCUGCUGCUCGCCGCCUGCGAGAGCCUGCUCACCAGUCACCGGCUGCCCGUCUUCUGCCAGCUGAUUCUGAAAAUCGGGAACUUCCUCAACUAUGGCAGCCACACCGGGGACGCUGACGGCUUCAAGAUGAGCACGCUGCUGAAGCUCACGGAGACCAAGUCCCAGCAGAGCCGGGUCACACUGCUGCACCACGUGCUGGAGGAAGUGGAGGAGAGCCAUCCUGACCUCCUGCAGCUACCCCAGGACCUGGAGCUGCCCGCCCGAGCGGCAGGGAUCAACCUUGAGGGCAUCCACGCGGAGUCCAGCACUAACCUGAAGAAGCUCCUGGAGAUGGAGCAGAAGGUGUCCUCCUCCAUCCCAGAGGUGCAGGAGCAGUACGCCCACCGCCUCCAGGCCAGCAUCACAGACUCGCAGGCGCUGGAGGAGGUGUUCCAGGCCAUCGAGCAGAAACAGCUGGAGCUGGCUAGUUACCUGUGCGAGGACGCCCAGCAGCUGUCCCUGGAGGACACGCUCAGCACCAUGAAGACCUUCCGAGAGCUCUUCCUCCGCGCCCUGAAGGAGAACAAGGACCGGAAGGAGCAGGCGGCCAAGGCUGAGAGGAGGAAGCAGCAGCUGGCGGAGGAGGAGGCCCGCAGGCCGCGGGGCGAGGGCGGGAAGGCUGCCAGGAGGGGAGGCGGGAAGCAGGAAGAGGUGUGCGUCAUCGACGCCCUGCUGGCUGACAUCAGGAAGGGCUUCCAGCUGCGUAAGACGGCCCGCAGCCGAGGGGACGCGGAGGCGGCCAGCCGGGCAGCCGCCACAGACCCCCCGAGGAACAAGGCGCCCGCCGCCACCAGGGGCCCCGUGGGAGGUACCAGCACCCCCACCUCUGAGCCUGGUCUGGACGCUGCAGCCGGCAGGGAGCCCCAGGGCUGGGAUCUCGCCGAUGCCGCUCCCACCAGCCACCAGCACACUGGAGACUCAUCAGAGACCGGUGGCCCUGGGCCCCUGGAGAGGCGCUCUUCUUGGUACACAGAUGCCAGUGAUUUCCUGCCCAUGGAGGACCCCCAGGGCCCCCAGCCCCCUGCAGGGGCCUGGCCAGUGGUACUGGGAGACGCUCAAGCCCUGAAGCCCCUCAACUUCAGUGACCAGCCCCCCAAAGCCAUGGGUCUGAGCCAAGAUGCUGAGGAGCCCACGGCCCCGCUGGGUGCCUGCCAGGCCGAGGCCGACAGCACAGGUGCGGGCCUGGAGGACGCCGCUGCCCGCGGCCGCCGCGCCGGCCUCCCCGCUGCAGGCCCCAGUGGGGAUGAGGACGGGGAGCUCACAGCCCCAGACUCCGCGCUGGGCACCCCCCUGGACAGGUCCUUCUCCGAGGAUGCCGUGACCGACUCCUCGGGGUCUAGCACCCUUCCCAGGGCUCAGGGCCGGACGUCGAAGGGCACGGGCAAGCGGAGGAAGAAACGCCCCUCCAGGAACCAGGAAGAGGUUGCCCCCGACCCUGACGCUAAUAAAACAAAAAGGCUCUGUGUGAUCCAGUGA